AUCUUGUUUCUUUUUCCCUUUUUAAAAAUGAACAAAAAAGACUUACUGAAGGUACCCACAGUCACAGAGUUAGUAGUUUUACCCAUGCGCCGGACCAGUUGACAACGAGUCCCACCUCUCAGGAAUGUUCCCCAGAGGUCACAUCGGUGGACAAGAUGAAGCCCACACAUCAGAUCCACUUCAAGUUUCCCCGAAAAGACAAGAGCUGCAGAAGAACAGAUCAAACAGCCCCAACAUGCGCAGAAAUCUCCAGCAGUGUCCGCGGGGGCUGGAAGAUAAUCCCCCUCGUGAUCUUUCAUCUGUCAGCUCUACCAGAAACAAAGCUAGGAAAGCCCCAGCUGGGGAAGACGGAGGCUCUCAGUCCCAGGAUGGCAGUGCAGCUCAGGAUGGCGAUGAAUCUGGCACCAAAAGUGAUGCACAGGAGAAGACGUCUGAGGAAGCCAGUCAAGGUUCUGGGAACAUAGUGGAACACAUCCUGAAAGAGUUGAAGGGUAUCAACAAGAUCCAGGAGGAAAUAUCUGACCUGAGGCAGUAUUUAUCGUCUGUGCGCGGCUCAGUGGAUGAAGUUUCCUGUUGUGUUGACGCGGUGCUCAGUGAAAUAGGAGAGCUGUGCAUUGGAGCCUCAGCUGCACCUCUCCCAAGCCUGGUUCCUCAAACGCCGCGCACCAGACGAGGAAGUCUGGGUAGACAGAAUGCCAUCAUGUGUCUUCAUGAGAGAGAUGCUAGUCCAGUGCUGGAUAACAGAGAGUACGGAAAAGAUUCAGGUUCCACACCGUCCAAGAGGUCAACUCAAUGUUGGGAAGAUGACAAACAAACUCAUGGUGUUGUCCAUCAAGUUAGCUAUGACAACUCAGAGCAGAGUUCAAACCCUGAUCUCUACCUGGAGCAACAUUGUGGCCAGAACUACCAAAGCACCAGCUCCUUGUCAUCAUGCCACAGCUUCACCUGCCCUGAACCAGGUUUUCUGUCCGGCGACACCGAGUGCAAUAUCUGGCGUCGCAGAGGAGGAGGUUGGAGUGAGGAAGACAUCUUCUCUUCCGUGAACAGCGUUGAAGAGCUGGAGGACGGUCAGGAUGUUUGGAAGGGGGAGCUGCAGAGUGGCGCAGCGGGCCACUCUUCAAACACCAGCUCUGAGCAUCUCUCUCUGUUGUUCGGCCACCAGUACAACUCUUCCUCAAGUUCUUCCAGUAUCGCUGGGUGGAGGACGCAGGCUAAUGAAACCGAGGAAGGAAACCGGGAGUGCGACUGUGCCGCAAACUGCCACUACUCCCGCAGCUCUGGUUACCACACAAUGAAUGCCCGUGCAAACAAUCCUGACAGCGAGCCCUCCAGGAGCUUGAGCUGCUCUACCGUGCAGUUGACGGACUACGACGAUGGUUAUCCGGCGCAGCGUUCACUCUGUGAUGAAUACCCGUCGUCUGGGGAUACUCUUGACCUGGGGUCCGCUGAUAGUCUGGACAGGGAUUGGACAGACCAGAGUGUUUCCAGAGAGGAAGUGCAAGAAUCGUUAUCCCAAUCAUCUUCUGAUAUAGAUCCAGAGACCACGCCCAAAAACCCCAACGACGGGUUUGAUGAAGCGACCCUAAGCGGGGCUGUGGUCUCUUUCAGGUCCGCUUUGAAAGGGGCACUGAGGAGGUUGGAAGUUUCAAACCAUGAGGGACUUAAAGACGAUGCUUAUGCCGAUUCGCAGUUGUCCAAUUACUCCCUUAAACGAUCCAGUGAACUCGAUGAGAAGUGCAUAGAGAAGGAUGUUCCUCAGUUGGCAAAUCUCCUUCAGCUUACCUCUCCGAUGGAGGACGGCGGGACUAGUCCGACGCAGGCGAAUACAUCAUUAUCUCCGAAAGAGUUCCCCGCUAAUCAACAGCAAAUUCUUUGCACCCCUACUAAGUGUAACUUGGCAGAGUUCACACAAACGACAGAAGAGAAGCAAAGUAACGGAGAGCUGUCCAGCUUUAACGUGACCCCAAAACACAGUCCUUUGGUACUGGCUAAAUGUCCUCUGGAACCAAUCAGCGAACACUGUCCGCCUGCUGAGGGAGACCCUGGAAAGCCAACAGAUGCCAGUCAUAGAGAGCGCAUAGCUAACUUUCAGCGCAUAUUGAGGGAGAAAAGACGAACUCAUCAGAGACUCUCCAGGUCCGCUCAGGGUUCCCAGGGCUCCUACGGCUCCCAGGGGUCUCAGGGUUCCCAAUCUCAAGACGAGUUUUUCCCAGAGUUUGGAAGAGAAGAAAAUCAGGUUACACAUAUAAUCUCAGCCCUGUGUUUAAUUCUUGUUUCUUCUCUGAUGUGCUCCGUCUGGGGUAGCUGUUAAUUUUCUUUACACUCGUUUACCUGUUUAGAUUUUUCUGUGGUAAGGAGAUAUACGGAUAUAAAUGUCAAUAUCGGCCCACAUUUUCAUAUCGGUGCAUCCCUCGUUUGAAGUCGUUGUUUUGCUGCAGGUUUACAGCUACAGAGAAGCUUUUCUCUCACAAACUCCUCAGAUCUUAGAGUAUCUGGGAAUGAGCCACCAUUAUAUUUCUCGUAUUUCUUAUUUUUUUAUAUAUUUAUUUUUACCUUUGUGUGUAUA